AUGAUUUCUCCUUGUGAAAUGACUAUUUAUUUUACAAGUCGAAUGCGAUACCAAACAACUUUAGUCUUAGACAUUUUGGAAAAUAUUAAUGAGGGUUUUGACAUUUCCGAUCCAGAUACAUUAAUUGAAAAUUCCAAGUAUCAAGAAGGAAUCAAACAAAGACUCAAAAUUUGUAUCAAACGCCAUACUGAAAUCCAAACAACUGGAAAAACACUUGUGAAUGGAUCUCAAGCAUAUACUUUUCUCAUGUCUAUUGCUGGAGUAAUAAUAGGAGUCAGUAUUAUAUUUUUUCUAUUCUCAUUUGAAGGAUCAUUCGAAAAACGAUACCCACGUUUAGUUACUUUGGUCAUAUCUGCAGGCCUUACUUUUACUCAUAUCAUCAUCGCAGGACAAUUAGUGGAAAACAUUGCGACAAAGUUUUUCGAAAUUUUACAAGCUGUCGAUUGGCAUUACUGGAAUCAACAGAACAGAAACAUUUUAAUCAUUUUCAUGCAAAACACCCAACAAGUUUUUCAGAUAAAUUUUUUAGACGACAUGGCGGUCAAUUACCAGCUAGGUAUUUCGAUAGCACAAUCUGUUUAUUCUAUGAUUUCAGUGUUGAGAUCCCUUAAAAAUCUUGACGACUCAUAA